AGGAGAUUAUAAUACAUUUUGAGGAAGGUGGCGUUUCACGCGACACAGGUAUAUUGAUUGUGUGUGUAGGGUGGCCGGCAUGAGUAAAGGCCGACGAAUGGGACACAAUUUUCGUAACGGCUUUUUGCGAAACUUAAAACUGUUCGGGUAGACUGAACGAUGAGCAUGAAUGUGAGAUGAUGCCAGGCACGUCUCGCAAAUUGGGAACUUCGAACGGUGGUAAAAACCGACUUCCUUUCAAUUGUUUUUAAUCUUUCUACACAAUAUCGAUGUCGAUGUUUCUGUCAAGGCUGGCAGAUGUUUAAUAUAUCUUCGCGAUUCGAUACGAUCAAGAGAUGCAAAGUGUAUCAACAACAUUUUUAAUGCACGAUUAUUCUGAUCUUAAUGAAAAUACAUCCACGUGGCUACGUGUGUACGGAAGUGAAUUUCAUAUCUGUUUACUACUGGAUUGACAGGCCCUGAGUGGGACACUUUAAUGGAGGUUCACCAUGAACCAAUUGAAAAAAACUAUAAGUUACUGGAAGAAAUUGGAAAAGGACAGUUUGCAAUAGUACGGAAAUGUAUGGAAAUAAAGACUGGAGAGUUUUAUGCUGCCAAAAUUAUGAGAAAAAGACGAGUUGCCAGAGGUGUGGCAGCUGAAGACAUUGCUCGAGAAGCAGGUUUAUUAGCACGACUAAGACAUCCAAAUAUUGUUUCAUUGCACAAAGUUGUUGACACAGGCACAACAGUUGUUUUGCUUUUAGAAUUAAUUUCAGGAGGAGAACUUUUUCAUUGGGUACCAUCUGGUGAAUUAGAAGCUGCACAUGUGGUUCGUCAAGUUCUAAUGGCUCUUAGUCAUUUACAUUCUCAUCAAGUUGCUCAUUUAGAUAUCAAACCUGAAAAUAUCCUGUUAUCAACUCCACCGCCAAUGCCAAAUAUAAAAUUAAUAGAUCUAGGUCUUUCACAUCGAUUAGUACCUGGAUCUGAACACAGAGCAUUAUUUGGUACACCUGAGUUUGUUGCUCCUGAAAUUGUAAAUUAUGAACCACUCAGUUUGGGAACUGAUCUUUGGGCAGUUGGUGUUUUAACAUAUAUUCUCUUAAGUGGUGCAUCACCAUUUCUAGGUGAAGAUAAACAAGAAACUUAUGCGAAUGUUGCUGCUUGUCAAUAUCAGUUUGACAAUGAAUAUUUCAGUACAGUAUCUGAAAUUGCCAAAGAUUUCAUACGAUCCUUGUUGAUCAAGGAUCCAAAAGAAAGAGGAACCGCAGAAUCGUGCCUUAAACAUCCUUGGAUCCUCACGGAAUCAGAAGCCUCUCAAGGUCUUGGUGGAGCAAUGAUCAGUGCCGUUAAACGAGGCUGUGUUGAGGCUGUGUCUCAGUUACUAUUGCAAGGAGCACCAUUGAAUGUGAAAGAUUCUAAAGAAGAUACGCUUUUACAUAUAGCUUGUGAAGCAGGUGAUGAAGGAAUGGUAACUUUUUUAAUAGAGAAUGGAAUAGACUUGGAUACACCGAACAAGAAAGGCUUAACACCACUACAUGUGGCUGCUAGAUAUGGUUUCAUUAAUCUUGUUAGACAUUUGUGCCUUGCUGGUUGUGAUGUUGAUAAAACAAAUCGUGGAAUUAGAGCGGAUGUGACAGCAAUCAAAUAUGGACAUCCAGAUAUUGCAUCAUUGUUGGAUAAGCUUCGAAAUCCCAUUCAACGUGAAAAUUAUAUUAAACAGUUACAACCAACACACAGACCAAUAGAUCGUUUACACAUAAGACUCUUAGGACAUUGUGCAUCAGGAAAAUCAUCUUUAAUAAAUUCUUUAAAAUCGGGUAUUUUUAGUUUUGGAUUUUUUAGAAGAUCAAGAAGUCAGAAUUAUACUACAAAGAGGGAACCAAGUAUUGAAUUAGAUGUAACUAGUAAGCAUGGCUCACUUAGUUUUGAGUACAGUGACAGUGAAUAUGAAGGUACACAAGGAGUAGAAUGGAGUCGCGGUAACGUAGGUGGUGAAUGUAUCUUUUGGGAGUUAUGUGGUCGGGAAGAAUUUUUACCAUCUUAUCACUAUGUACUCACUUUUCAACAACCUGUUGUACACCUUAUUACAGUUAGUCUUAGAGAACCACUCACUAUACAACUUCAGCAAGUAAAAUUUUGGCUACGAUUUAUUUCAGAUCGUAUUGCAUCAACUAAUUUUGGUUUUGGUGGCAAAUAUAAUGAUGUAAAAGUAAUCUUAGUCGGUACUUAUGCUCCAGAACCUCUUGCUCCAAAUACAAAUAGUGCAAGCCUUCUUGCCUCCCUUUUACCUUUUUUGAGAGAGUUCGCAUUAAUUUUGGGAGAUGAACCCCAAAUGGUCGCAGUGGAUGCAACUAAUCCUUCUAGCCCUGGUCUGAAACUUCUAAGAUCUUACUUGAAUAAUGCGAGGAUGGAAUUUUUAGAGGAAGGACCGGAAGUUGCAGAAAGUAUUCUCCGACGUGACACGCCGCGGGCUGCGGCCUCGUACGUGCCCUUGGCGAAUCUUGAUAAACAGAGUGCACUAGUGUGGACUGGUCUUGCUGAAUCUUGGAGAUCAUACAUGCAAUCAUUAGAAGUACCUCCAGUUAUGCUAACACAGGAGGAAUUUUUGAAGGAAGUGAGAAAAAUUAAUCCAUUAGUUUCCUUAGAGCACUGUAGACACCUUGGCUUACAAUUACAGAAUUUAGGAGAAUGUAUGCUUCUUCCUGGGAAUUUAGUAGUUUUAAGUCCAGAAUGGUUUUGGCAGGAUGUAAUAAAUUGGCAAUUAAGCCUAGAACAGAGAGGACGUCUUGGUGGUCGUACUACAGGGGUUUAUGCUUUAGAAGAUUUUCAGGCUCGUUGUCCUUGUCCUGCAGGACAAGCUUUACAAGCUUUACAGGCUGUAAAUUUAUGUGUGCCGUGCGAGGUGGAUGACGAUGAAGUAGAAUAUGAAAUACCAUGUUUAAAUCUCGUCGAGCGUUUACCAGGAUUAUGGGAACCAUGGAAAUCUUGCUCCAAUGUUUUACCUCAUACUGGUCUUCGCCUUUCUCCAUCUGAAGCACCCUUAUAUCAUUUGACUGCAGUAUUUCCACAUUUACAAGCACAAUUGAGGAAAAUUACACAAACAUGGGAUCCAUCAAAUUCAGAUUUAUAUCAAUGGUGGAGAGGAUCAAAAUUAUGUAUUGGUCCUUGUGAAAGUAUUAUUACUUUCGAAGAAGAAGAACAAAGUUGUAUAGAGAUAAGAGUACGUGGACCGCGAGGUACCAGUGCUCAAUGUUUCGCCCUUUUCAGCAUUAUUCUCGAUGCUAUUGAAACAACGAUUGAAUUAGUUGCUCCUGGCAUGUUACUUGAAAGACAUUGGUUAAGUCCUAGUCAACUUCGGGAAUAUGAUGAAGUAAUACAUUCUUGGGAACCAGCACCAGUUAUAUCAGCUUUAAUUGAUAAAGGUCUUGAAGAAGCAACACUCAAAAAUCCUUUAAAUGGUCAAGAAGAAACUGUAUGGGAAAUAGUAGGUUGUGGGCUACCUUUAAUAGAAAGUUGUCUUCCUGGACCAAAGCAACCAAUAAAACAAGUCAAGUCUGCUGUACAAAGAAGAUUGGCGCAAAUGCUUGAUCCCCCCGAUCAUCAUGGAAGAGAUUGGUGUUUACUUGCUGUGAGACUAGGUUUGGGAGAUCGAGUCGCGCAACUAGAUAGUACAGUAGACAGUCCAACGUUAAGAUUGCUUAACACGGCAGGUGCUGAUUGCACUGUAGGGUCUUUAAUACAACAACUACGAGCUCUUGAUCGGGAAGAUGCUGUACAUCUUUUGCUCUCUUAUACACCAACAUAUAUAUUGUCAACAGCUGCAGACUCUGAAACAGGAUCUAAUCUUUCUAGAUGACAAUGUUGCAUUUAUCAAUGGUGCAUUAAUACUUUUUGAGGAAGAUGCAUUUCUGAAGGAAACUUUUAUCCUCAUUAUGGGUUUGAUAGACUUAUUACGUCACCGCUUCCGCCCAAUAUAAACUGUGCAUUGCUCUUUAAGCUAAGUACAUACAUAAUAGUACAUUCCUUGUGUACAUCUUUAGAAAUGCACAUGCACCCAUGUGUACUUUUAUAUCAAAAUAUUACAGCACAUUUUAAGCGGCACAAAAUUCUUUUAAUAUAUUCUUUUUAAUAUAUACAUACACACAAACACACACACACACACACACACACACACACACACACACACACAC